AUGAGCAAGCCAGAACUCAUCGCCAUUGCGGGAUUUGCCGUAUUGCUGCUGCUCCACGUGACCCAAACCGAAGCGUGUCCUCCCGCCUGCAGCUGCAGGUCAGUGGGAGGAACGACGGGUUUGCACGUCGACUGCAGCUCAAAGGCGCUGACGGAAGUGCCGGCCUUGCCCGCUGACACCAGGAGGCUUUAUCUGCAGAACAACAGCCUGACCUCGGUUCCUCCCGGCGCCCUGGACAGCCUGCACAGCCUGGAGGAAGUGAAGAUGUUUGACAAUCCUUGGAACUGCGACUGCCGGAUUCUGUACCUAAAACUCUGGCUGGAAGUCGUCUCCGUGCCUUCUCUUGCCAACACCAGGUGCGCGACCCCGGUGCUGCUGAGGAUGAAGCCCCUGGGGCAGCUGAGCGGGAACGAGAUGGGGGUUUGUAAGAGGCAUCACCCAAUCAAGUGUCUCGAGUUCUUCUGGCGAGAUCUCAUUUUAAUAGUUGGAGCAAUAAUCGCACUUAUUUUAAUAGCGUGGGCUCUGAAAUUCUCCAAAAAGCUGGUCUCCCAAAUAAACUUCAGCCCAUACGACUCUCGGAGCUGCCUGUUGGGGCGGCGUGCCUCCAAAAACCACAAGGCGCAAUGA